AAGACAGGUUUAAGCAUUAAAUUACAACAGUUCGUAAGAAAACGUCAAAGUAACAAUUUGUUAAAGACUAGUGUUUGUGUUACUUAUUGUUGUUGUUAAAAUAAAUAGCGGUGAAAUUAAUAAGCGUGGGGCAACAGGAGGCGAAAUGCCCGUCGGCAGCCUAACGGGCACUUAUCGUUCCCUGACCGGUUCAAAUGCUGUUUACCGGUCCACGACGAUGGUGCCGACCGGCGCCGGGCCGCAGCCGCCGGGUCAGUCCGGCUCUGGCGGCCUCGGCCUACUAGAUGGGUUCAAGAAAGCUUUUAGCUUUGUUUCCGGAACCUACAACAACGCCGAGCCUGAUGGAAGGGAAGAGAGACUUCUUGGAGAUGGAAGUGGACAAAGGACGAGCGUUGCUAGCAGCAGGACUGAUAGUGCUAACACUAACACAAACAGAAAAAUGCCCUCUUCCGGAUUAGCUGAAGAGGCGGCCCUUUUGGGUACUAUGCCUUCUGACAGCAUGGACGACAUUGAGCUAAAAAACAUCCAACUUCAAUUCCCGACAGCCAGAUCACUAUCUAGGGACGACUCCUCCGUAAUGGAGGAAGUUGUCGAGACGGAUCGUGGAAACGUGGUGGUUGCUGUACAAGGUUCCAGGAACAAGCCUGCCAUUCUGACUUACCACGAUCUUGGAUUAAAUUAUGUAUCCAAUUUCCAAGCAUUUUUCAAUUACAUUGACAUGAGAGCGUUAUUGGAAAAUUUCUGCGUCUAUCACAUCAACGCACCCGGACAGGAAGAAGGUGCUCAAACACUUCCAGAAGACUAUCUUUACCCAACGAUGGACGAACUUGCUAACCAAGUCUCUUACGUAAUGACCCAUUUUGGUCUGAAACAGUUCAUAGGAUUCGGCGUUGGAGCGGGGGCCAAUAUUCUCUGCCGGUACGCCUUGAAUCGUCCAGAACACGUUUCGGCACUGUGUCUGGUCAACUGCGUUAGUACUCAAGCUGGUUGGAUAGAGUGGGGGUACCAAAAACUCAAUACUAGACAUCUUCGUUCGAAAGGAAUGACCCAAGGUGUUUUAGAUUAUUUGAUGUGGCAUCAUUUUGGUAGGCAAACCGAAGAAAGAAACCAUGACCUAGUUCAAGUUUACAAAAGUUAUUUCGAACGAAACGUAAAUCCCACCAACUUAGCUCUCUUUAUCGACAGUUACGUAAGAAGGACAGAUCUCAAUAUCCACAGGGAAAUGGACCCACUCAAAAAGAAGAAUGCAAGCUUAGCUAUGCCUGUGAUGAAUAUAACUGGCUCUAUGAGUCCUCACAUGGAGGAUACCGUCACGUUCAAUGGAAGACUUGAUCCAACUAACUCAUCUUGGAUGAAGAUUUCUGAUUGCGGUAUGGUAUUAGAAGAACAACCAGCGAAAGUUAGCGAAGCAUUUAGAUUAUUCCUACAGGGCGAAGGAUACGCCGUACAAGUCGGGCGUCGAAGAUCUAGCUGUUUAUCAGUCGAAGUCGCUCCUCUAUCUCCAACCAAAAUGGCAAUGUUUCGUAAAGCUUCUCUAGAGGAAUUGCUCAAGUCAAAGAUGUCACCCACUGGGCAGUGGCCUGCAAGUAUCAUUCAUAUCACAGAAAAUCCUAUAUCAGCAGUCGUAUGCUAAAUGUUACCGCAAACUGUAUUGAAAUUUAUAAUUGUGACUGACGCGAUUGGUGGAAUAUUUUGGCUGUAAAUUUAAAAUUACGCAAAGGACUUCAUCAAAAAUAUCGACACGGUAUAGUGGAGGCUUUUUAAAUACUGUAUAUACUUCAUAAAACACUCUGCACACUUGGAAAUAGUUUGUUUCUGUACCAAAUAAGUCACUUAAAUUACUUCUAAUAUAGCGGCUUAGAAGAGUUGGACUUUAUGAACAUUCCAAAACCAACUGGUAAUAAAGUGAAAGACACAUGUUUUUUUUUUUCGAAAAGCAUUUCUUAGUGGUCUUUUUUUGUUUGAAAAAGGGUGCAUUUUGGUACGAAAACAUUCUAUUUUAAAUAAGAGUAAACUAAGUUAAUAAAACUGUUUAUACUGUCAUUUGUGCCCCAAAAUGUAUAGAACAUAAUAUUAUAUAUUCGUAUCACUCCUUUCCAUAUCUCAACUGCUUUUAAUGUAUAAAAUUAUGAUAUUUAGUCAAACUAUUGAAAUUAUUAUAUAUAACAUGCACAGCCAAGAAAAAGUGCGCGAAAUGCAAGACCGUGUGAUCAUAUUUCUGAUGGUUCAUCUUCGAGAUAUAAUUGUGCGUUUCUGAGCAUAUAUUCGCGCGCUUCGUGUAUGAGCGCUUUUUCUUCGCUGUGAAUAAAUAAUAUAGACAUAUAGAUAUAUAUUUGCUUUUUAAAGCAAUUGUUACUGAAUCGAUUUUUUACUAAAAACCGCACUGUGUGUCUACAUUUUUGAUGACGUUGAGACCCUAUAUCCAUAGAAUUAGAGCUGAAGAUAAUAUUUUUAUCUAUGUAUUAUUAACAGGUAAAUCAAAAUAUUGGAAAGUAUGUGAUUGUUGAUGUGAAAACAGGAUUAGACAAAGUUACUUGUUAUUUGUUAGUACUGUCAAGAACUUGCAUAAACUCUGAAAGCUCCAACAUUGGGUGUAUUCUUACAAGAUAAAAUUAGCUUUCUCUAAUAUAUAUGUACAGCUGAUACGAAAAAUGCGAGCAUUUAUUUAACAGGGGCUCUCAGAGUUUAUCCAAAUAUCUAUUUGUUGUUAUAGAGCAGACUCUAAACAUGCUGUGAAUAUUCUGAUAUUAUUACUGGUGACAUCGGCGAAGAAUUGAAUGAAUUAUCUACAAAUUCAUGUUCAGUUAUUCAGAUUGUUGGCGUCAAAUAAAUUCUUGGAUGAGACACUGUAAGAAUAUCCUGACAUAGCUCUGUUGUAAUAUUAUCUUGAAACAUAUACCUACAGUAUUGUGCGAAUUAAUGGAAUCAUAGGCUGUUUUAAUGAAAAAACAGUUUAUUUAGUAAACAAUUAUAUUUUGACAAAACUAUAAAGGUAAACUUACAUCAUUCAGUAGGAAAUAUGUCCCCCUUUGGCAACAAUUACUGCUUUUACCCGUUUUGGCAUAGAUUCUAUGAGUUUCUGGCAGUUGUCAGAUAUCCUCUCAUCUCGAUACCAAACCUGAAUGGCCGCUUCUAUCAUUUUUGUUUUAGUGGUACAGUCGAUUUUUCGCAGUCUAGCUUUACAAAUGGCCCAUAAAUUUUCAAUGGGUUAAGGUCGAGCGAAUUACCGGGCCAAUCUAAAACAUUAAUCUUCUUAUUUUUGAAAAAUGCCAUCAUUUCCUUUGAUUUGUGACAGGGAGCAGAGUCCUGUUGAAGAAUCGCUCCUCCUUGGGGUUGACAUUUUUGGAGUUGUUUGUCCAAAUACUUUUCCAACAUGGAUUUGUAUGUUUGGCUGUUUAUCAUGCCUUCAAUUGGCACCAAAGAUCUAAGAUUGAGCUUUUCGUUGUCAGACUUCCUGACGAAUUUCGACCGCUGUCCCUGAACUAUAAAGUGGUUUUCAUCUGUAAAUAGGACUUUUUUCCAGUCGCCUACAGUCCAAUUAGAGUAUUUUUUGGCACACAGUAGCCUUUGUUUCUGCAUUCGUUCAGUUAGAAGCUGUUUUUUUCUGUGGACGAAUUGCCCUUUUACCAUUCUCCAAAAGUCUUCUACGAACAGUUGAGUCAUGAAUCACUAUAGCUGAUGCUGCUAGAUCUUGUUGUAGGUCUUGGCUUGAUUGUCUUGGGUCCAAUUUGCUCUUUCGAAGUAAAAAUCUAUCAUCUGCUGGUGUUGUUUUUCUCUUUCUUCCACAUUUUCCUAACCUUUUCACAUCCACUGAUCCCGUUUCUCGUUUACGCUCCAAAAUUUUGCUUACUACCCCCUGAUUCACUCCACAUGUUCUAGCAAUCUCUCUUUGUGGCAUACUAGUGUGUUCACUCAACGUGACAAUCUUUUCACGCUUCCUAGGCGUAAUAUCUAUGUUGGAAUAAAACCAAAAACAACACAAAAUAGUACAAAAACCCCCAAAACAACACAAGCUUGGUAAGAAAUGACCUAAAACACACUCAAACACACCAACACACAGUAAGGUUAUGUUUUCAAUGCUUGGUCAGCUGUCGACGUGUAUAGGUAGUGUUGCCAACUGUGAAUAUUGAAAAAAUGAAAAAAAAAUUCAUAGUGACUCCAUUAAUUCGCACAAUACUGUAGAUUCAUCCAUACACUAUAGUUGUUUGGUUGUCAAGACAUUUUUCUUAAGUGUUAUUUCACUUGAUGCUUUUUUUACCAUAAGAUGUUUCCAUACCAUUCGACUCAAAGCAAAACUUUCUCUUUUGUCUUCUUACUGAUGAUAGCUAGACGAGAUCACCAAAUUUCUCAAGAAAUAAUAAUACAUUUUACUAUUCUCACAAUGUACUCACUGUUGCUGCAUCAUUUUAUAAGGUAUGUCAUGUGGAACAAUUUUGUUUACCAAAAAAACGUAGUUGGUUUCAAUUUUCCUGUAAAACCAAAAAGUUUUUGCAUAUUUUAUAUCACCUAAGAAUUUGUCGAAUUCAAACGUUGCCGAAGAUAAUUUACCAAUAAUAAUAUUCAGAAUAGUGGAAAGUCAGGUACGGUUUUAGAUCUGAUAGGAUUUGAGUUGUAAUGAAUUUCAAUACAGAAAUUAUAAAAAAUUGUAGGCCACUGCCGCUCUUAUUCAAAGAAGCACAUAUCUUUUAGUUUAGACAAGUACAUGAUCUGAAUUUUUUUAGAAUACUAUCGAAAGUCCGUCAAAAGUCAAGAUUUAAAUUUUGCUAUUAAUAAAAAUGAUUACAUUAUGCAUCAGUCUAAUAAUUUGUCUUAUUUUUCAAUAAUUAUUGUACAGUAAAACAGCAGUAGCAUGUUCUUUGUGAUAAAUUAGACAUUUGACAUAUCAGGCGCCAUUUUGAAAAGGCGUGUCUCACUCCUACAUGCUAAUCAAUGCUAUGUGUCAUUGUUGGACAACUAUCUUUUAUACAGUUGACUCAAUUUAAAAAUCAAGUCCAGCUAAGUAACACAGUAGCACCACUCAGUAUAUGACCACAGAUAAAGGACUGUACACUGCUUUGACGUAUGUUGUUUGUGUCAAAUUAGACAUUUGACAUUAGAGGCGCCAUUUUGAAAAGGGCGUGUCUUACUCCUACAUAACAAUCAAUGCCGUGUGUAAAUUUUGGACAACUAUUUCUUAUACAGAAUGAGAAGAAAUAUUUUACUAAGGCACAAAUUUAUAUCAAGGAUACUUUUAGAAAUACAGCAAUUAUAAAAAAAAUAAUAUAUAGCUUACUUAAUAUUGAAACUCAAUAAUAAAUUAUAUACAAGUAAUCGAGGAUAUUUGAUAAAAGUUUUAAUGGAUCGAUAUUGAAACUAAUCUUCCUAUUGUAAUUUCAAAAUUUAAAUCUAGAUUUUUGACGGACAGCAAAUUAUAUACCGAUCUGAUAAUCUCGCUAAGAAUCGAAUAAAUCCCAAUCAUGAAAUUUCG